CAGAGCUAAAAUUAGAGGCUGCUCCUUCCGCGACAGCAGCCAAACUGCGAUGCAUAAAGUCAUGUAAACCAGGGGGAUACACUAUCUCAAGGGCUGGCAGUAAAAGCCAUGUAGUCCAUGAGUGACAUUUAACGCCACACGUUGACUGUGGAGGCUCUGUGCGUAACGCAGGGACAGCGCUGGAUCUACACUGGGCACUGCUGCGCAAAUCAUGAGUGUUUGGUAGUGCUUUUUUUGGAGACGCCAUAUGUACUCUCUGGAGCGCACAGCUUCCGUGAGUGCACGCUUCUACAGAAAUGUCUUUUUUAUCCAUACCGAGCCAAGAGGGCCUCUUUACCACGAUCAAAACCGGCAAAUCGGUCGCGGAAGCGGAGGGCAGAUCCCUCGGUGACAACGAGGAGAAUAAUGACGAUGAUGAUGAAGACGAUGACACCGAGAACGUCCGCCUCAUCCCGAGAUGCUCCCCGGUGCCCAGAAAGCGAGGCCACUCCAUCCACGACGAGACCGCUGAGUACAUGCGCAUCCAUUUGGCGCUGUCCGCCGGAAAGAAAGUGUCAUUCGCCGAUACAACAGGUGGGGAUUUGGUGGAUGUGAAGGAAUUUGUAGCCUUGAAUUCGGAUGAUGAGGAGGAUAGCGCGAGGUGGGAGGAAGAGGAAGCAAAGUAUCGACAGCCAGAGCGCGAGCCGACCUAUCAUGUGCAUCCAGAGUUCCACGCGCCCAGCGGCAGUGCCCUGCUGCAGGCUGUGCAAACUAACAAAGUGGAGGUUGAGCAGAUGUCUCCAGCAGAGGAUGAGCCACUUGCCUUCACUGGGCUAAUACGAGUCCUGAACAUCUCCUUCAACAAAGCAGUGUACAUCAGAUCCACCAUGGACAACUGGGCCUCUUACUUUGACCACCCGGCAGAGUAUGUCCAGGGGUCUCAUGAUGGGAGCACUGAUCAGUUCUCCUUCAAGCUGUCUUUUGCACCACCUUACAUCACACACGGCUCUCGCAUAGAGUUUGUUGUCCGCUAUGAAACCUCUGAUGGUGAUUACUGGGCCAAUAACUCCUCUAUGAAUUAUGUGGUCACUCUGCUCCUGUCCUACGAAGAUAAUUCAGCUCAGUCAAACAGCAACACGCAGCAAGUAAGAGGUAUCCUGAAACCUCCGAAAGCUUACAG